UGACGAAAGCGUUGUUGUGCUAAAUGUUAGCAUUAGGCUAACUUUGUCUUACAGUUGCUUUCUUACUGUAAUCUAACCAAAGUUACUGAACACGACCGGCUCCUCCGACUAUUUCGCAUAAAUGAGGAUCUAAAAACGUUGGACAUGAACGGAAGCACGAAUCCGCUGCUGGACAAAGAGGAGCACGUUCUGAAGCUCGGGGAGAGCUUUGAGAAGAGGCCAAAAUCUUCCUUUCACACCAUCAGAUAUGAUUUCAAACCAGCAUCCAUUGAUACAAGCUGCGAGGGAGAGCUUCAAGUUGGCAAAGGAGAUGAAGUUACCAUAACAUUACCUCACAUUCCGGGCUCCACACCUCCUAUGACAGUAUUUAAAGGAAACAAGCGGCCGUACCAGAAGGACUGUGUGCUCAUUAUUAACCACGACACCGGGGAGUUUGUGCUGGAGAAGCUGAGCAGCAGCAUCCAGGUCAAGAAAACCAGGGCUGAGGGAAGCAGUAAGAUCCAGGCCCGGAUCGAGCAGCAGUCGGUCCGAUCCAGCCAGGCCAGCUCACAGUUCAGGGCUCCAACGAAGCCUGGAGCUGGAGUCAAGACUUCUCCAUCUCCGUCCAAGGAUAACCCAUCCCCAGAGCCGCAGCUUGAUGACAUCAAGAGAGCAGAGCUGCGAGCAGAGGUGGAUAUGAUUGAGCAGAUGAGCAGCAGCGGCAGCAGCAGCUCUUCUGACUCGGCCAGCGCCUCAGGGAGCGGCGAUGACAGCAGCAGUGACGGCGAGCACGACGCCCCACGUAUGAGCCAGACCUCCCCCAGCCGCCUUCCUGUGGCCAACGGAGGAGCCGAGCGGCAGCAGGGCAACAAUCAGCUCAUGAACACACUCCGAAACGACCUUCAGCUUAGUGAGUCUGGCAGCGACAGCGACGACGACUGACCUCUGCUGGUUGGGAUCCCUCCUCACUCUCCACCUCCUUCUUCCUGCCUGGCUCAUUCGUUCCUUUGCUGUGAUAGCUGACCGUAGCUGUAUAUCUUGGCUUGACUGUAUUUUUAACUUUAUUUUAGUAGAGUCUGAAAGUUGGCCAGCCUGGGACUUUAAGAGUGUAUUUUUAUUAGAUGUAUAUUUUGUUUUGUAUUGCAAAACAUUAGAAGAAGAAGCAGAACCAUGUUUUACUUCAGAGGUUAUAUUAGAGCGCGCACACAUAUUUUCUGUACUUAGAGCAUCUAGUUUUAUCUACAUUAUCAUCUCUGGUUGUGGGGUUUGUGUUUAUGACAAGACAGGGAAGUGAUUGUUUUAAACUAAGCCCCCAGUCUCCUUCAUGCUUUAGUGGCUUGUUUUGAUUACAUAAUUGCAAAAUUGCACAGCUGGAACCUGAGCAGCCUGUGAUGAUCAGGAAAUCCAAGAAACAGUAAUUCAUUCUAGAAUCAGUCUUCAUUCAGAAAUAAGGCUGAUAGCCAACAGUGUGUUAGUCCCUGUCAGUGUUUCCUCACUUCACACUGUGACUGUAGCUGCAAACCAGCGUAUUAAAUUCACCAAAGCCCGGACACACACACACACACACACACACACACACACACACACACACACACACACACACACACACACACACACACACACACACACACACUACAGUUAGCCUCUGUAGAUUUGACAGGUCUUAGCAGGAAGCUUCACCUGCGGUGUGUGUUGGACUGAAUCAAAGUUAUUGUUUGUUGGCUUUGGUAACUUUAUUACAUUUAUUGACUCACUGUAACUGUGAGUGCCUCUGAUAUUAAUUAGAGCCUACAGGCGCCAUUACUGGUAACUUAACCACUUAAAAUCCAAAUGUUACCUUUGCAUUUUUCUAUUUGAGGCAUUAGUCAUGGUGGUGGUGGUUUAACCUCUUCCUUGCCUUACCUCAUUUCAGGUGGGAAACAAAGCUGAAUGUGUCAUUUUGUGUAAAAGCCAAAGAGACGAACUGGCCGAGAGCAGGAAUGUUGGCAGUGUAGCAGCGACCUGUCAGUGUUUGUCUGAGGCUGCGCUGUCUUGUGCAUGUGAGCCACGGGUGAUACUGAACACCAUUCAGUAGCCAGCGUACAGUAUAUGAUUAUUAAUGUGAUGCAACAGCAUCAUAGUCAAAAUUCAUUGGAAAAUGAAAAACGUCCUUGCCAGAUGUGAGAAAGCUUCUAAAUGUAGAGUUGAGAGGAAAGCAUCUAAUGUAAUUCAUCAUAAGAUAUAAACUGAAUGUCUCAUCAUAUUUGAUGUUGUCCAGUUCAAAAGCUGAAGGACAGACAACGCAGUAAGCUGAGCUGGAAAGUUUAACAAAUAAAAAAGAAACCAAAUGCUUUCAGCUCGGAAGAAAUUUGGAACUGAACCACAAAUAUUUGUCACAUCAAACUAAACCCAACUCCCUGAUUUGAACACACUGAGGACAGCCUUUGAAUGCCGCCACUUAAAGUGUUCAGCAGUGGACGUGCUCGUUGAAUCAACCACUGGUCUGUUGCCCACUGGUUGCAUUCUUUAGUUUCAUGGUUCUUGUUUCAGUGAUUUAUGGUUGUGUAUGUGUUACCUGAGGUGUAUUAAAGUGUGUAAAUCCAA